AUGAAUGUUUUCAAAUCCGAUUCACAUCUUGCAUUGCUUAUCUAUCCUGAUGCAGAAAGUUAUAACACAUUACGUAUUGCACUUAGUCCAUUAAUAAGAGAUUUAGAUGAUAUUAAAAAUGAAUUUAUCAAUAAAAAUGGAUAUAAAUGGAAAAUCAAAUUGUAUAUUUUUGCCGAUUGGAAAUUUUUAAGUAUUUGUUUAGGACACAAGUCUGCAAAUAGUGUAAACUUCUGUCUUUGGUGUUUGAUCAACAAAUCCCAAAAUGGUAUUGAAGUAUUUGAAACAAACAAUAAUAAUAAGCAAGAUAAUUAG